AUGAACUCACCGCCAAUCCUGGUUUAUCCACAGCCACCAAGACCAAAUUCAACAGGUACUUUAGCUCUGAGCGCGGUUGGUCGACUACCACCAGCAGGACGGCAGGCUGAUCCGUUAACUGCGCAGACGGCCCUGCCGGAGUGGCCCAGCGACGAUGUCGAUGCUCCUUCUUGUGCUGGUCAUCAGCAGCGACCACUCCUCCCAAGCGAAGGUCUCGUUUCAGUCAGCAAAGGCACUUCUGAGAGCCGAAGCUUGGAGCAACGGUACCACAAACCGAGGAGGAUAGGCCAACUGACCAAGGAGCAGCGGACUAAGGCUCGAGAUGUGCGGAGAAAAGGGGCUUGUGUCCGUUGCCGAGUGCUCAAGAAGCCGUGCACCGGCAACACCCCAUGCGAUGUGUGCGUAAAGUUGAUCAAUAGUCGGUUUUGGACGCAGCCCUGCCGUCGAGACAGGCUUCACGAGCACUGUGCGAUAGAGGCAGCGGUGCUUAAGCGUGCGGCACUAGAGCUGGCGCUGGAGGAUGACUACGAAACGUCCACAGUUCGCCAUAGCGGACACGUUCAGGUCUCCCUCGGACGAAUCGCUACGCCUGUGAACAUACACGUGGCAUGGAUUGGAGAGGGAUGCCAGGCUCGUCUCGUUAUGAUGCGUCACGGCAAGCAUGGAGGGGCUAGUGGCAUAGAGGACGACAUGUUCGAUCGCUACAUUCGAGAGGAGCGUUCUCAGCUACUGGAGCUGGAGCAGUCGUCAAUGAUGCGGAAGACAAUUCGUCUCUGCCUGAAGCUGGCCGAGCGACACGGCGAUGACUUGCUAUCGCUAGCACUGCAACGCUGGCUAGCUUCAAUGCUCCUCGUGGACAAAAGCAUUACACUCGACAUCUUGUCAGCGAAACACUCCGACGCUGAUAAUCAGCUCGGUACAGAUCUUUCUCUGGCGUUGACAUCGUCUCUACGAGCUCAGGUCACUCGAAUCCUGGCGAACGUUGUCACAUCAAGGAGUAAAGAGCUGCUGAGAAAGCUAGAAUUGCGCAUUUACUCGGCUAAGAAAUUCGUCUUUGAGACCUACCUGGUGACGUUGCUCAUGCUGAGCGUUGCAGAACGUCUGGUCUGGUGGUGUAGGAGCGUCGGAGAGAUGCCGCUGGUGUGCAGUGAGGAUGAUACUCAGGAGUUGCUUGCCGGUGGCGAAGCUCUUGCCGAGCUGACAGACAUGAUGAUCAAGAUCCGAGGAGUCGUUCCGGUACUGGUGCCUGGGCCUGAGGGUGUUCUCACAACGACGUCGGAGUCAAGUGAAGAUGUGAAGCUAUGGUUGAAUGAGAUCGGUCUGACCAGAGAGAGCCUGGAGACUAUGAUGGACAGGCCGUAUCUCGUAGAUGAUCACACUUCUAUGGAUGGCCGAUUUUGGGCGAGAUCACUGUAUGCCAACAUAAGGACAGGUUUGACAUGA